UUUUCUCAGGUGAAACUAUGCCAACAUGAUGAUGGAUCUUUAGGUGGAGGGUCACGGGUGUGACGCAUCAUAACCUGACCAGUGACUUUGAGGAAGCGCUUUAAUAGAGAUGCACACCCACUCGUAACAGUUGAUCUCCAUCAUUUGGUGAACGAACACGAGUCUGUCUUUCGUCUUCAGGAUUUGGCCAAAUAAACAGGAUGACUUCUCAACAGCCAAAGGCCUUCGUCAUGUCACACACUUCCAACCAGUGGAGCUCUGGAAUCUGUGACUGCUGUCAGGAUGUACCAGAGUGUUGUUUUUCAUUUUGGUGCUUCCCCUGUUUUGCGUGUUCGACGGCUCGCAAGCAUGGCGAGUGUCUGUGUCUGCCUUUGCUGGACGGAUUUGGAGGAGGAUGCAUUCCUCCAAUAACGCUGGCGAUGCGGGUGUCCGUGCGCACUCGCUAUGGGAUCCAGGACUCUAUCUGUAAUGACUGUGCGUACUCCACCUUCUGUGGUGUCUGCUCCUGGUGUCAGAUAUCCCGGGAAAUGAAUGUCCGUGAGCAAAAUGUCACAUUCAUCAACGGGCGAGCAAAAUGAAGGUCCUAACUUGCAA